AGAAAGCAUCACAAACAGUCUGUACAUGAUGUGGUUUCUGAAGACUCCAGGACCACCCACCUUACACAUCUGCAACGGAGAAGACAGAAGUGGAGACACAAACGCCAUGGCUUUCAUUCGGUUAUUAAUCACUCUGUAGACAUGUGUCCCCACCGCAGGGUGUGAACUGCACCACAAGGGAAAGUUCACAGGGCCCCCAAACCACGAGCAGCCUGGUCUUUCUCCCUGGAGAGAAGGCAGAGCCAUGGCGUCCUGCAGCUGCUGUUUGAUCCUCUUGACAGUUGUCUGGCACUCCUCUGCCUAUGGGCCUGACCAGCGAGCCCAGAAGAAAGGGGACAUUAUCCUCGGGGGGCUCUUCCCUAUUCAUUUUGGAGUAGCAGCUAAAGAUCAAGACCUAAAAUCAAGACCAGAAUCAGUAGAAUGUAUCAGGUAUAAUUUUCGUGGUUUUCGCUGGUUACAAGCUAUGAUAUUUGCCAUAGAGGAGAUAAACAGCAGCCCAGCCCUUCUUCCCAACAUGACGCUGGGAUACAGAAUAUUCGACACUUGCAACACUGUUUCUAAGGCCUUGGAGGCCACCCUGAGUUUUGUUGCCCAGAACAAAAUCGAUUCUUUGAAUCUUGAUGAGUUCUGUAACUGCUCUGAGCACAUCCCUUCCACGAUUGCUGUGGUGGGAGCAACUGGAUCUGGCGUCUCCACAGCAGUGGCCAACCUGCUGGGGCUCUUCUACAUUCCCCAGGUCAGCUACGCCUCCUCCAGCAGACUCCUCAGCAACAAGAACCAGUUCAAGUCCUUCCUCCGCACCAUCCCCAAUGAUGAACACCAGGCCACCGCUAUGGCAGAUAUUAUUGAGUAUUUCCGCUGGAACUGGGUGGGCACCAUUGCAGCUGACGAUGACUAUGGCCGGCCAGGGAUUGAGAAAUUCCGAGAGGAAGCUGAGGAGAGAGACAUCUGUAUCGACUUCAGUGAACUCAUCUCCCAGUACUCUGACGAAGAAGAGAUUCAGCAUGUGAUGGAGGUGAUCCAGAAUUCCACGGCCAAGGUCAUCGUUGUUUUCUCCAGCGGCCCAGAUCUAGAACCCCUCAUCAAGGAGAUUGUCCGGCGCAACAUCACAGGCAGGAUCUGGCUGGCCAGUGAGGCCUGGGCCAGCUCCUCCUUAAUCGCCAUGCCCGAGUACUUCCACGUGGUCGGAGGUACCAUUGGAUUUGCUCUGAAAGCUGGACAGAUCCCAGGGUUCCGGGAAUUCCUACAGAAAGUCCAUCCCAGGAAGUCUGUCCACAAUGGUUUUGCCAAGGAAUUUUGGGAAGAAACAUUUAACUGCCACCUCCAAGAAAAUGUUAAAGGACCUUUACCUGUGGACACCCUCCUUAGAGGCCAUGAAGAAGCUGGCAGCCGGUUAAGCAACAGCUCCACUGCCUUCCGACCUCUGUGUACAGGAGAGGAGAACAUCAGCAGUGUGGAGACCCCAUAUAUGGAUUACACACAUUUACGGAUAUCCUACAAUGUGUACUUAGCUGUCUACUCCAUUGCUCAUGCCCUGCAAGAUAUCUACACCUGCUUACCUGGAAGAGGGCUCUUCACCAAUGGAUCCUGUGCAGACAUCAAGAAGGUUGAAGCAUGGCAGGUAAGUCCUUCAUGUAGACGGCAGUUCACUGCAUAA